GGGAUUCCGGGCUUUUGACAGAAUCCAACGUGUAUAAAGUAUAAAGUGAAGCGUGGAUAGAACUUAUAUAGUUGUAUUAAAAGUUUUGUUGCAAUAGCAAGUGAAUGAAUUAAAAGUUUUAAAGUGUUUGUGUUACAACUUAGUAAGGAUAUUUUCCACGUAAUACACGAAUUACUUUAUCGGCACAACAAUAUAAAAUACAUUCAAAAUGAAUAGUUCAGUAUUAUUAACGUUCUUUAUUAUUCUUGGAGUGGUAUAUACUAUCACAGCUUUGAAAAAUGAUGAAUGUGAAGUAUGUAUAAAUACUGUGGAAAGGUUUGUGAAUACUUUAAGUGAAGAUGUGAAAAAAGAUACAAAAAAGAUCGAAGCAGCAUUUAAAGACUUUUGUAAAGGUACUAAAUCUAAGGAAAACAGAUUUUGUUAUUAUUUAGGUGGUUUGGAAGAAUCUGCCACAGGUAUUUUAAGUGAAUUAAGUAAACCUAUAUCUUGGUCUAUGCCUGCAAAUAAAGUAUGUGAAAAAUUGAAGAAGAAGGAUUCCCAAAUAUGUGAUUUGAGAUAUGAGAAACAAAUUGAUAUUGAUACUGUUGAUUUAAAAAAGCUUAAAGUACGUGAUUUGAGGAAAAUCCUGAGUGACUGGGAUGAAACAUGUGAUGGUUGCAUAGAGAAAACAGAUUUUAUUAAACGAAUUGAAGAACUGAAACCCAAAUAUUCUCAUAAUGCAAACUCAGAACUCUGAAAAGUGUUCAACACUGUAGAUAAAUUAUUAUGUUAGUAUGGCUAAGCUUUGGGGUAUUCUUUUUUUACAAAAUAAUUAAUGGUAUUUAUGUUUCUUUAUUCUGAAUGAUUGUAUAAGAGUAAUUUUGUAUAAUUCCUUUAUGAUAUUUCUAACAGCCAGUAUACAUAUGCAUUUAAAUUUCAGUUGAUAAUAUUGAAUUAUAUUUAAUUCUGUAAUAUCUUGAACAUAGGUCUAAGGAAUUAAAAAUGUUAAGCAGUGAAAAUUUGUUAAGAAAGGAUGAUUCCUUUUAGUAUAGCCAUGCUAAUACAAAUUAAAAUAUCAUGAAAGGUGCUCCGUUUUUAUCACACCAACGUUAGACAAAUAUAAAUAACUCAAAUUUUUCAUACAACAAAUUAUUUUCAUGUUUUUAUCUUUCAUUGCUCUUCCUCAACUAUUCUGAUACUGUGCGUUUAUACAUGUAUAAAUCCUAUUUAUAUCAAAAAGCCAUGUACUAUAUAAACAGAUAUGUAUUUGUGAUGAAUUAUCAAUAAUGUGUUGUUAUACAUA